AGUACAAAAUAAAACCCGUUGCAAUAUAAUUGGGCUUUGAUCCACCCGGCCCUUCUAUGAGCUCCAUUCAAUUUGGGGUACAACCCGUAAAAGAAGAAAGAACAGAAAUGUUGAACUGGUAAGGAAAUUCAUAGAAGCUCAAGAACAAAAACCCUCCUUAAACCUAACGCGAAGAUAAUCGAUAUGAAUCGAUCUCUUGCAAGAAGUGUUUAUCUCUGUUCCCGCAGUUUGUUAAUGCCGAAUCCUUAUCCUGCUACCUCUUCAUUUUGGCCCAGCUGUAGGCGUUUCACAUCCAAAAGCUCUAAUCAACCUCCUGCUGAUGCCCCUGAUAGCAACAACAAUAACCUUCAAGAAGAAGACGAUAUCAGCAAUAAAGCGCUGAAAAAGCAGAUAGAUAAGUUUUUUGAAGGAGAUGAAGAAGCAUUCCCAUCAAUAUUUGAAGCCAUAUUGAAAAGAAAAUUGGCUGGAAAAAGUGAAGAAUCUGAUAAGGAAUUGAUGAAUGAACUUCAGGCUCAACCUCGUCGACAGAAUGAUGCUGCCAAUAGAGAGUCUGACUCCGAUUGAGUUGAAUUACGACAAGUCUACCUAUAUGAGUAUUGUUGAUUAUACAUUGAUGAGAAUACAAGAUCGUGGAUCCAUAAUUGUCAUGGAGUGAGUUGUUAAGAGGAUUAAACGUUUAUGUAUUCAUCAUUCCUCACUGUAAUUUUAUAUUUCAAUAGCUAGCAGAUUCAUUUUGGAUCAGCAGAAAGAAUUUCUAUCUGAACAACUUGUGAAGUUGGAAGCAUAGGUGGUGUCCAAUCAACAACAUACCCAUUGUAAUCCCACAAGUGGGGUCUGGUGAAGGCGUCUAAUCAAUCAAUGAAGUGGAAAUAACUGUGGGAUACCAGGAUUUGAAUCCCAGUAGAAAUAGAAGAACGCCUUUUUUUCUCUUUUCGUCUGGCUAAGUUGUAGUGAGCAAAAUUAUGUUUGUUUGAAGUUUGGAUGAUUUAAACACUAUGUCCUAUAGCCUCUAGAAGAUGUAUUUGUGACCCAUGGAUGACAUGUUUUCUGAGUAAAUUUCAUUAUUCCCUUAACCUUCCAGUGUAGGAAAAUAAUACCUUCCUCGCCUUUUAAUGUUGAACACUUUGUAAUAUCAAUUCUUUGUACCUUACCUAUGCAUU